AUGGCCACCCAGGAGAAGGUCUCUGAUGAGAAAAUUUCCCAGUUUGAUUAUGCUUUGCUGUCAGAGCUCUCUGCUCUUCUGGGCAUAGAUGCAGUUGAAUUCGCAAAGACAAUAGAAGAGGAGGAACAGAGAGACCGAGCAAAAAUGAAGAAAGGCUUUAACACACAAAUGCGUAGUGAAGCAAAAAGGUUAAUGUCUUUUGUGACCUAUGAGUCAUACAGCUCUUGGACCCCUCAGGAGAUGGCGGCUGCUGGGUUUUAUUUAACAGGGGUAAAAUCUGGAAUUCAGUGCUUCUGCUGUAGCUUAAUCCUAUUUGGUACCAGCCUCAGGAGACUCCCUAUAGAUGACCACAAGAAGUUCCAUCCAGAUUGUGAAUUUCUUUUGGGCAAAGAUGUUGGCAACAUUCCCAAGUAUGAUAUAAGAGUAAAGGAUCUGGGGAACAACCUGAGAGGGAAUCAAGGAGGGUAUCAAGAAGAGGAGGCCAGACUUGAAUCCUUCAAGAACUGGCCAUUUUAUGUCCAAGACAUAUCCCCAAGUGAACUUUCAGCAGCUGGCUUUGUCUUCACAGGUACACAGGACACUGUGCAGUGUUUUUCCUGUGGUGGAUGUUUAGGAAAUUGGGAAGAAGGAGAUGAUCCUUGGAAAGAGCAUGCCAAGUGGUUUCCCAAAUGUAAAUUUCUUCAAAGCAAGAAAUCCUCAGAGGAAACUACCCAGUAUAUUCAAAGCUACAAAGGAUUUGUUGACGUAACGGGAGAACACUUUCUGAAUUCCUGGAUUAAGAGAGAAUCGCCUCAGGCAUCAGAUUUUGUCACAAAAUACCAAUUGAAGAUACAAGUGGGGAUUUUGUUAAUAAAAGCCCAGUGGUUAUUAUUUGCUCAUGCCAGUGUCACUGAUAGAAUUUCCUGGUUUCUAGGUAUAAAGGACAUUGUUCCAUGUCUUUCCUGUGAAGGAUGUUUGGACAAGUCAAAGGAAAGCGAUGACUCAUUAGAAGAUCAUACCAAAAAUUUUCCCAAUUGUCAAUUUCUGCACAAUACGAAGUCCUCUGCAGACGUGAUUCCCUAUCUUCCCAGCGAUGAUAAACUUUCUGAAAUAAUGGAAACCAUAAGUGAAAGCAAUCUUGAAGAUUCAGUAGCAGUUAGUUCUGCAACACCAGAAGCAGCACAAGGAGAAACCCAGUGGUUUCAGGAGGCAAAGAGUCUGCAUGAGAGACUAAGAGCAGUUUACACCAGUGCCAGUUUCCGCCAUAUGCCUUUGCUUGAGAUCUCUUCCCAUCCAACUACCAACCAGUUGCUGUGCUGUGAUCUGUCCAUUUCUUCAAAGCACAUCAGCAACCAUUGUCAAGAGCUUGUCGUGUUGCCUGAGGUCUUUGCCAAACUGAACUCCGUCAUGUGUGUGGAAGGAGAAGCUGGUAGUGGAAAGACAACCCUCCUAAAGAAAAUUGCUCUUCUGUGGGCAUCUGGAUGUUGUCCCUUGUUAAACAGAUUCCGGCUGGUCUUCUAUCUCUCCCUUAACUCUGUCAGACUGGACCAGGGGUUGGCCAACAUUAUCUGUGACCACCUACUACAGACAGAAGGAUCUGUUACUGAAAUGUGCUUAAGGAACAUCAUCCAGAAGUUUAAGAAUCAGGUGUUAUUCCUUUUAGAUGACUACAGAGAAAUGUGCUCAAUCCCCCAAGUCAUAGAAAAACUGAUUACAAAAAACCACUUAUCAAAGACCUGCUUACUGAUUGCUGUCCGUACAAACAGGGCCAGGGACAUCCGCCGAUACCUAGAUACGAUUUUACAGAUCCAAGAAUUCCCCUUCUAUAACACUAUCUAUAUAUUACGGAACCUCUUUUCAGACAAUAUGACCCGUCUGCAAAACUUCAUGAUUCAUUUUAGAAAGAAUGAAAAUCUGCAGGGAAUUAAUAAAACUCCCCUCUUUGUGGCAGCUGUCUGUGCCAACUGGUGCCGGUAUCCCUUUGAACAGUCCUUUGAUGAUGUAGCUGUUUUCAAGUCCUAUAUGGAAUUUUCUUUCUUAAAUCACAAAACUGAAGCUGACCGUCUCAAAGCAACUGUGUCCUCCUGUGGUGAGCUGGCCUUGAAAGGGUUUUUUUCAUCUUGCUUGGAGUUUAGUGAUGAUGACCUCAUGGAAUCAGGGGUUGAUGAAGAUGAAGAUCUAGUCAUGUGUUUGAUGAGCAAGUUCACUGCCCAGAGACUGAGACCAGUCUAUCAGUUUUUAAAUUCUGCAUUCCAAGAAUUUCUUGCUGGGAUGAGGUUGAUUGAACUCCUGGAUUCUGAUAGACAGGAAGAUCAAGAUUUGGGACAUCAUUAUUUGAAACAAAUAAACUCAUCCAUGAAGGCUGUAGGUCCCUAUAGCAACUUUUUGAACUAUGUCUCUAGUCAUCCUUCAACAAAAGGAGGGCCAAACAUUGUAUCUCAUUUGCUUGAUUUGGUGGAUGAUAAACAGUCAUUUGAGACUAUGUCUGAAAAUGAUGACUAUCUAAAGCAUCAUCCAGAAAUGUCACUGAAGAUAGAAACACUUAGGAUGCUGUGGCAACUAAAUCCACAAGGUUAUCUUUCAUUGGUUUCCAAACACUUCCUGAAUCUUGCCAUAAAAAUUGCUUAUCAAAGCAAUUCUGUUGCUGCAUGUUCUUCAUUUAUUUUGCAAUUCCUUCAAGGGAGAACAUUGACUUUGGAUGUCCUUAACUUACAGUACUUUUUUGACCACCCAGAAAGCUUGUUAUUGUUGAGGAGCAUCCAGGUCUCAAUAAGAGGAAAGAAAAGAUCACCCAGACCAGAUUUUUCAGUCCUAGAAACAUGUUUGGACAAAUCACAGGUACCAACUAUAGAUGAGGACUAUGCUUCUGCCUUUGAGGCAAUGAAAGAAUGGGAGCAGAAUUUAGCUGAACAAGAGGAUGACAUAAAGAGUUUUCAGGAUAUACAACUCAGUGCACCACCAGACAUCAGCACUGGCUACUGGAACCUUCCUUCAAAGAAGUUCAAGAUCCCUGUUCUGGAGGUACACGUGAAUAAUAUUGAUGCUGUGGACCAGGAAACAUUCAGGGUUCUGAUGGAAAUCUUCUCAGCUUCACGGCACAUAGAACUCUAUUUAAACUACAGCAAUGGCUUUAUUGAAAGCAUCCGCCCAGCUCUUGAGCUGUACAAGACAUCUCUCACCAAGUGUUCCAUCAGCCAGUCUGAGCUCAGUGUAGCAGAACAGAAGUUGCUGCUCACCCUGCCAUGCCUGGAAUCUCUGGAAGUCUUAGGGAAAACCAAGUUGGAAGAACAAAUCUUUCCUAAUCUGGACAAAUUCCUAUGCCUGAAAGAACUAUCUGUGAAUCUCAAUGAGAAACUAAAUGUUUUUUCAGUCAUUCCUGAAGAUUUCCAAAACUUCCAUCACAUGGAAAAACUGUUGGUCCAAAUUUCAGCUGAACACGACCCUUCUAAACUAGUCAAAUUAAUUCAGAAUUCUCCAAAUCUGCAUGUUUUCCAUCUGAAUUGUAAAGUCUUCUCGGAUUUUGAGUCUCUUGUGACUGUACUUGCUACUUGUAAGAAACUCGAAGAAAUUAAAUUUUCAGGACCAUUUUUUAAAGCCAUUCCAUUUGUCAUCAUUUUGCCAAAUUUUACUCAUCUGAAGGUUUUAAAUCUUGAACAACAACAAUUUCCAGAUAAGGAAGUAUCUGAAAAAUUUGCCUACACUUUAGGUUCUCUUAAUAACCUAGAAGAACUGAUCCUUCCUACUGGGGAUGGGAUUUCUCAAGUGGCUAAACUGAUCAUCCAACAAUGUCAGCAGCUUCCAUGUCUCCAAGUUCUCUUAUUCUUCCAGAUCCUGAAUGAUGACAGUGUAAUGGAAAUUGCCAAGGUGGCAAUCAAUGGAGGUUUCCAGAAACUUAAGAACCUAAAUAUUUCAAUCAAUCACAAGAUUACAGAAGAGGGAUAUCGAAGUUUCUUUCAAGAGCUGAAUAACCUGCCAAACUUGCAAGAAUUAACGAUCUCAAGGCAUUUCACAGACUGCAUCAAAGCUCAGGCCCCGACAGUCAAGUCCUUGAGUCAGUGUGUAUCACGAUUGCCAAGCCUCAUCAAACUUAACAUGUAUAGUUGGCUCCUGGAUGCAGAAGACGUCAAAUUGCUUAAUGCCAUGAAAGAAAGACAUCCUCAAUCUAAAUACUUAGCUAUUAACUGGAAAUGGGUACUGCCGUUCUCUCCAAUCAUUCAGAAAUAG